AUGAACACCGACAAAUACACAGACAAGGCCAACAAGGCCCUACAAGAUGCUCUUGAUAUCACCAUCGAGCACGCCAACGCAGAACUCUACCCAGUCCACCUCGCAGUUGCGCUUCUUGACCCUGCACAAGACGAAGAAGAUGGACCGUCACAACACCCCUCUCACGGAGAUUCUACCUCGCUAUUCCGCCAAGUCGUCGAACGCGCCCAUGGUGACGUCCAGCUCCUUCACCGUGGGCUCAUGAGACGGCUUGUCAAGCUACCAAGUCAGGAUCCCCCUCCAGAGUCUCGCAGCAUGUCCGCACCGUUCCGAAAGGUUAUCAACGCGGCCGACCAACUGUCUAAAACACAGAAGGACAGCUAUAUAGCCGUGGACCACCUGAUCCAGGCCGUCUGCCAGGAUUCACAAAUCCAGGAUGCCCUUAAAGACGCCAAUAUCCCGAACGUCAAGUUAAUCGACAAUGCUAUUCAGCAGAUCCGGGGGACAAGGCGUGUUGACUCAAAAACGGCGGAUGCUGAGAGCGAAAACGAAAACCUUAAGAAAUUCACAAUCGAUAUGACGGCGCUCGCGCGAGAGGGCAAGAUUGACCCUGUCAUUGGUCGAGAAGAGGAAAUCCGUCGUGUGAUCCGUAUUCUCAGUCGACGAACAAAGAACAACCCUGUGCUCAUUGGUGAGCCCGGUGUUGGUAAAACCACGAUUGUUGAAGGUCUCGCUCGUCGGAUUGUCAAUGCCGAUAUCCCAGCCAGUCUAUCUCAGUGCAAACUUCUUUCCCUCGAUGUCGGCUCGUUGGUCGCUGGAAGCAAAUUCCGCGGCGAGUUCGAAGAGAGAUUGAAGGGCGUCCUCAAGGAGAUCGAAGAAUCCAAAGAAACAAUCGUUUUGUUCGUGGAUGAAAUCCAUCUUCUUAUGGGUGCAGGCGCUAGCGGCGAGGGCGGAAUGGACGCCGCCAACUUGCUGAAGCCGAUGCUCGCUCGCGGGCAACUCCACUGUAUCGGAGCUACGACACUUGGUGAAUACCGCAAGUACAUCGAGAAGGAUGCCGCGUUCGAACGACGAUUCCAACAGGUUCUCGUCAAGGAGCCUACUAUCGCGGAGACCGUCUCCAUCCUCCGUGGGUUGAAGGAAAAGUACGAAGUUCACCAUGGUAGUGUACGGAUCCUCGAUGCCGCCAUCGUCGCAGCAGCUACGUUAGCUGCACGAUAUCUCACAGCCCGUCGACUACCUGAUUCGGCUGUCGAUCUCAUUGAUGAGGCCGCCGCUGCUGUCAGAGUAGCCCGUGAAUCCGAACCGGAGGCUCUCGAUAAUCUCGAGCGCAAACACCGACAGCUGCAAAUCGAAAUUCAUGCUCUUAAGCGUGAAAAGGAUGAGGCCUCCAGAGCUCGUCUCAAGGCUGCCGAGCAGGAGGCGGCUAACGUUCAGGAGGAGCUGCGGCCUAUGCGCCAGAAGUACGAAAACGAGAAGAAACGCAAUACGGAGAUCCAGGAGGCCAAGGCUAAGCUCGACACACUCAAGAACAAACAAGAGGAAGCUGAGCGAUCUGGAAACACCGAAACUGCAGCGGACUUGAAGUACUAUGCUAUUCCCGAGACCCAGCAACGCAUUGAAUUGCUAGAGAAGGAACGGGCUAAGGCUGAUGAGGAGCGCCGCAACCGUCAGGGCGAUGCUGGUGAACCUUUACUGGCUGAUGAGGUUGGUCCCGAUCAGAUCAACGAGAUUGUCGCCAGAUGGACCGGGAUUCCCGUGACAAGACUUAAGACCACGGAGAAGGACAAGCUGCUGCACAUGGAAAAGCAACUAGGCAAGAUUGUCGUCGGUCAAAAGGAGGCUGUGAAGUCCAUCGCAGACGCCAUUCGUCUUCAGCGGUCCGGCCUCGGCAACCCUAACUCACCUCCAAGCUUCCUGUUCUGCGGUCCAUCCGGUACGGGUAAGACGCUGCUCACCAAAGCCCUUGCGGAGUUCCUCUUCGAUGACCCCAAGGCCAUGAUCCGAUUCGAUAUGUCCGAGUACCAGGAGCGACACUCGCUCAGCCGCAUGAUCGGUGCGCCCCCAGGCUACGUUGGCCACGAUGCAGGUGGCCAGCUGACCGAGUCUCUCCGACGCCGACCAUUCUCCAUCCUUCUAUUCGAUGAAGUCGAAAAGGCCGCCAAGGAGGUUCUCACCGUCCUCCUCCAGCUCAUGGAUGAUGGUCGCAUCACGGACGGCCAGGGCAGAGUCGUGGACGCCCGCAACUGUAUCGUCGUCAUGACAUCCAACCUAGGCGCCGAAUACCUCGCUCGUCCAACCACCAAGGACGGCAAGAUCGAUCCGCAAACCCGGGAACUGGUCAUGGGCGCCCUCCGCAACUACUUCCUCCCCGAGUUCCUCAACCGCAUCUCCAGCACCGUCAUCUUCAACCGGCUCUCGAAGAAGGAGAUCCGGAAGAUUGUCGACCUCCGCCUUGAUGAGAUCCAGCGCCGCCUCGAGCAGAACAACCGGAACGUUAUCGUCGAGUGCACCGAGGAGGUCAAGGACUACCUUGGCCAGUCGGGCUACUCGCCCGCGUACGGCGCCCGUCCACUAGCACGCAUCAUCGAGCGCGAAGUUCUCAACCGUCUCGCCGUACUCAUUCUACGCGGUAGCAUCCAAGACGGCGAAGUUGCGCGCGUGGUCAUGCGCGAUGGCCGGAUCGAUGUCCUCCCCAACCAUGAAAUCCCGGUCGACGAAGACCAGGAGAUGACGGACGAGGAUGACUUCGAUGCCGUGGCCGAGAUGGAUGAUAGCGGUGACAUGGAUUUGUACGACUAA